UAAGUCUUUGACUUUGUACUACUUAAAGGAAGCUAUAUUAUCAAUAAAUCUUUGAGAUUGUGAUAAUUAUUGGCAAUGAGAUAUUCAAGUAUAUUGUUCGCUGUGGUCCUUGUGGGGCUGGUGAAAGUAGGAUUUUCCCAAGAUAAAAAGCCUUCACAUCAUGGACCAGUAUUCACAGGAGACGAUGAGCAUGAGCCUUCACAUCAUGGACCAGUAUUCACAGGAGACGAUGAGCAUGAGCCUUCACAUCAUGGACCAGUAUUCACAGGAGACGAUGAGCAUGAGCCUUCACAUCAUGGACCAGUAUUCACAGGAGACGAUGAGCAUGAGCCUUCACAUCAUGGACCAGUAUUCACAGGAGACGAUGAUGACCCUUCAUAUUACGGAUAUCUUAGAAGUCAAGGAAAAUCGUAUGGGAAUAAGCCAACUAAGCCUCGUCCUCCCCCUCACAAAGGCCACUAUCGAACUGAUGAAUUCAUUGACGAUAGCGAUGAUCAUUCAAUACUUUCCAAUGAAGAUGAAUUUACAUCACAAGAUAACACGUCUGAUUUAUCCGAUAAUUCUUUGGAAGAUUCUUAUGAGUUUGCAGGAGACGUUUUUGAAUUUUUCAAGUCACCAUAGAAAAGUUGUGCUUCGCCACCACAGAUAAUUAAAGGUGGAGUAAAAGAUCCUCCAAAAAGUCACUUUGUCGGUUGAGUAUGAUGUUAAUGUCCCAAAAGUUACACCCAUCGAAGCAAAUUUUACUAAUCUACUAAAGAGGUUAAUGUUGUAAAGUCCAGAAAAAAACUAUUUCUGUAUUUAUUAAUUAAUUUAUAUUUCUGUUUUUUUUUUUAUCGAGGAUAUGAGUAAUUCCACCUUGAAACAAUAAAUGUUUGAAUACAUCA